AUGGAUCUUCCUGUUGCUUCAAAAGGUUCAUUUGGCGGUCAAUAUGAUCGGAUAUCGCCAUUUGUCAUCGAUAUUAGAAGAAACUUGAAGCUUAAACCAGAAGAAUUACCAUCAAAAAAGCCAGAUGUGAUUCCCAUGCUUGUUGAAGAAGCUGCUCGGGGUAUUAUUGAAGAAGGAAAAUAUAUUGGAAAAGAACGACAAGCUGAAAAAUUGGCUAAAAUUCUUAGAGAACAAAAAAACAAAGGAAUAAAAGAGUCUGAACAAAUUUUUAAUUACAAAGAAAUGGCUAAACAUCGCGAUGAAUAUCGAUCAUUUGAAGCCUUUACAUCGUGUAGUCGAAAUCGUGAAAAAACAGAAGAAUUGGGAAAUACUUUAUUCAUUAUGGAGGUUAAGUCUGCUUUUGUUGUUGAUAUCAUUGAGUUUUCUGAAUAUCCAAAUGAAGAAGAAGAACUUGUCACACAUGGUGUUAGCUUUUAUGUUAAAAACGUUGAGUUUGUUCUCAGAACGAAUAAACAUUUGAUCUACUUGCAACUUCAACAAUGGAAGUCUGGUAAGUAGAAAGAAAUCUUUUCCAAUAGUUAUUAUAAUAUGAAAAAUAUUCGUCCUUAUUAUUUUCAUUUUCAUUUAUUUUGUCCUCUUAUUAUUACACUAGUUAACAAAGUUACAACUUCAUCAUACAAAUGUAUUGAAGUUCUAAGAAUACAAUAUUUUA